AUGCAUAACACCCUCAACCGCUUCCAGUCGGUCUUCGGCUUCUUCACCACCGUCGCCUUCGUCCUGGGAUGCUUCAUCGCCGCCACCGACUUGUACGCGGAGCGCGCGCCCACCGGCACCCUCAAGGUCCAGAACCUCCAGGUCGUAAAGGGUCGCCCGCACUACUACUCCAGCGCCCAGGAGGAGUAUGCGAUCAUCAAGUUCUCCCUCGACGCCGAUCUGUCCCAUCUCUUCACCUGGAACACGAAGCAGGUCUUCGUCUACGUGACUGCCGAGUGGCCUGCCGCAAAGGGCGGCGCGAAUGCCACAAAUGAGGCCGUCAUCUGGGAUUCCAUCAUCACCAACCCCAGCGCUGAUCACUUGAAGAACAUUGGCCCGGCCACCAUGAAGAAGCUGAAGAAGUCUGCCCAGGGCAAGACGGUUGCUCCCGACAGGGGCAUUCUCUCUCUCCGAAACCAGCGACCAAAGUAUCAGAUUACACAUCCUAGCAGAAAGAUCGCCGACACCGAGAAUGUGAAGCUGAAGCUACAUUACAAUGUCCAGCCCUGGUUCGGUCUCCUGACCUGGAACCAGAAUCAAGACAUUGGGUUCUGGAAGGCAAUCAAAGGAGGAGUCAGCGCUCCCUUCUCUCUACCAUCUAUAAAGAAGAAGAAUUAG